AUGGCUCCUAACAAGGCUCUUUACUUCAAAAGAUUCCCCAGGGAUAUCCUCAAUGUUGCGGCUCCUGAGAACGGCGUGGUGCUACAGUCGCUCUAUACGAGUUACGACCCCUACAUGCGCGGCCGCAUGCGCCCCGUCGAGGUCAAGUCCUACGCCCCGGCCUUUGAGCUCAACAAGCCUAUCGUGAGCGCCAGCAUUGCCAAGGUGCUGCGGUCAAACACUGCCGAAUACUCCGAGGGCGAGCUGAUCAUCGGCCACGUCCCGGUCCAGGAAUACAUUGCGCUGGACAGCAACGGACUGCGAUACAUCCGCAAGCUGGAAAACCCGCUGGGCAUCGAGGAUAUCCGCGUGUUCCUGGGUGCACUGGGCAUGCCGGGCCUGACCGCGUACUCGUCGCUGUACGAGAUCGGCAAGCCCAAGAAGGGCGAGACCAUCUUCGUGUCGGCGGCUAGUGGCGCUGUCGGCCAGAUCGUCGGCCAGCUGGCCAAGCACGAGGGCCUGCGCGUGAUUGGGUCUGUCGGCUCCGACGACAAGCUCGAGUACAUCACCAAGACGCUCGGCUUCGAUGGCGGCUUUAACUACAAGAACGAGAAGCCCGCCGACGCCCUUGCCCGCCUCGCCCCCGAGGGCCUGGACAUCUACUAUGAGAACGUAGGCGGCGAGCACCUCGAGGCUGCGCUGGAUGCCAUGAAGAACUUUGGCCGCGUCGUCGUCUGCGGUCUCAUCUCCCAGUACAACUCUGCCCCGUACCCGAUCGCCAACAUCCACAAUGUCCUCGUCAAGCGCCUCACUAUGCGUGGCUUCAUUGUCGGUGACCCUGGUAUGGGAGACGUCCACACCAAGGAGCACCAGCAGCGCGUGCAGAAGUGGAUUAAGGAGGGUUCGUUCAAGGUGCUCAUCCACGAAACUGUCGGCAUCGACAAUGCCGCCGAGGGUCUGGUGGGCAUCUUUUAUGGGAAGAACAAGGGCAAGGCCGUGCUGAAGUUUUAG